CACCACAUGUAUUCACUGCUAAAAUACAACAAUGUGUUCAAAAAAAAGCUAAAUAUUCACAUAGCUUCGAAAAAGUUAAGAAGGCACUUAAUAUGGCUCUUGGUUUAAAGUAUGAAAAUAAAUUCAUUAAUUUGAUUGAUGGAUUUAUUAAUCAUAAGAAAAGCAGUAUCAAAAGUACAAAUAAAGAAAAUAUGCAGGUGCUAAUAUCAGAUCCCAUAGUUAUUAAGCAUUAUGGAUGUUUAUUAAACAAACAAAUCAAAGCAUCAUUAGAAAGCAAUGUACAAUAUAAUAGAACUAACAAUAGUGCACUUAAUUUACCUGAUCCUAAUUUAUGCAUACAAUCAACUGAACAAUCAAAUAAUGCAACUAUAUUAAAAGUUUCUUUAAAACUUAUAAAUGUUAAAGAGUUGUAUAAGACAAAUAAAGAUUUUUUAACUAAAUCUUUAAUAAUACAAACAAAUGAUAAUGAAAGCAAGUGCAAAUAUAUCUGUUAA